UGAUUGAGUCAUAGAGUAAUGCCUGAUACCCAAGGCAUCUAUUACGAGUGCCCCACGAGGGGUAAUUAGACGAAAAUAAUCUGACGGUGCUGUAGCCACCCGAUAUGUACAGGUCUAUAGCGCAGACACUCGGAACAACACGGAUCCUCCAUCAGGCAAUCCCAUGCGUGCCUCAGGGCAAUAACCUUCUUCUAGAACACAAAUCAAGGCAAUCUGCCUUGUUCCUCAGGCCAAAAAUCGUCUUCAUCGUCGGUGGUGAUCAUUCGGCUACGGUAGACCAAUCACAGGCCGCCAUGGCUAACACCGGGUUGCCGGGCCGGUCAGCAAUGAUUGGCCGGGAUGACCGAGUGCUAUCAGUGAAUGUAUACUCCACGUUGGGCGAUAAGAUGAGGCAUUACCCCAGGGGCAUUGUGGGAUUCUGGAUUGCAUUAUUUCGGAUGUGCUGGCUGUGUGUGCUUCAUUCGCUCUUUAACUUUCUUUUGUCGUGAGUUGUCCUUCUGCUUAUCCGGUUUUCUCUGCUAAUCUUCCGGAGUA